CACACUUGUCUGCCGGCGACGGUCGUACAUAAUUUAUACAUAAUAAUUACCGAUAUAACACUGCGACGACGACGAAAACGCGGUGAGAGCCCGCCCGAAGGCAAAAGCUAAAUAUAUUAUUACAUUGUAACACGUACGCGACGGACUUUGCUUACGUGUACUUUUGCGCGUCCGUUUCGCCGCGGAUAUUCCCGUGCUGCCGCCGAGUCGUUCGUCGGAGUUGCGUUCUCGUCACCGAGUGGAUAAUACGGUAGGUAUGUUUUACGACCGCGUAAACCCGGAAACGUGACGAUGUCAUUUGGUUUUGACCGCAGUUCGUGAACUUAACGCGCCAAAAACGUGAUUUACCGUUUCGUUUAUAAUAUUAUUAUUGCACCAGGUAUUCGUCGAGCGAUUGUCGACAGUCGUCUCCACAUGGCCGAGAUCAAGUACAAGUUCGAAGCCGUGAUGAUCGUCUCCGGAGCGUUCAUGUUGCUGACCAUGUACGAACUGCCGGUGGCCAGUUACUUCAAAACUAUUAUAUAUUACAGGUGUUUCCAACAAACUGCCAUUCAACUGUUGGUGCCUUUGGUCUUUCAAACACUUAUACCUACAUACAACGAUGGUGAUGUAGAUGAUGGAACGGCGCUGUUUUGGAUCUUAGACAUUAUCGAAUACUCGAUGUAUUUCACAACUAUAUACCUCGUCAAGAGAUUAAUAAUUUUGUUGGACUUGUUUUGAGAACGAAAUAAACGAUUUACGAUAAAUUAAACUCUGCACUGUGUACCUAAGAAAGUUUUGUCCUGCAAAGAAUUAUAUGGGACAUAAUAAUAUAAGGUGGUACAUAAAUCACAAUAA